GAAGGCCCCGCAGUGGGCUCGAUGGUCGGGGCCUGGUAGUGGCCGCGGCAGCGUCUGACCGCCUGACCAUGAGUCUGCUGAGGCCCAGCGGGCUGAAGGCCCCCACCAAGAUCCUCAAGCAUGGGAGCUGGGCCCUGAAGGCACCCUCGGCCGCGGCUGCUCCCGUUGAGAAGACCGUGCCUGGGGAGAAAAGCCCCAGCGCCCCCUCCUCGGAGAUGCAGGAGGAGUUUGUGGGCGACUUCCAGGUCGGGGAACGAGUCUGGGUGAACGGGAACAAGCCUGGAUUCAUCCAGUUCCUCAGGGAGACCCAGUUUGCCCCUGGUCAGUGGGCCGGGAUCGUCUUGGACGAGCCCAUCGGCAAGAACGACGGCUCGGUGGCGGGUGUGCGCUACUUCCAGUGCGAGCCGCUGAAGGGCAUCUUCACCCGGCCGUCCAAGCUGAGUAGGAGCUUGCAGGCCGACGAUGAGACCAACUGCCGGCAGCCAGCGCCUGCCGCCUGGGCCACCCCGCCCCUGUCGGCCUCCCCGGCCCUUGCCGGCACCGCGAAUGUGCCCCAGUCCCCCGCGAAGGAGUCAACGGCCACCCCUCACAUCAGCAGCCUGACCAGGACGGCCAGCGAGUCCAUCUCCAACCUCUCUGAGGCCUGCUCCCUCAAGAAAGGGGAGCGGGAGCUGAAGCUCGGGGACCAGGUGCUGGUGGGAGGCAUGGAGGCCGGUGUGGUGCGCUUCCUCGGGGAGACGGACUUCGCCAAGGGGGAUUGGUGCGGCGUAGAGCUGGAGAAGCCACUGGGCAAGAACGAUGGUGCUGUGGCCGGAACGAGGUACUUCCAGUGUCAGCCCAAGUAUGGCUUGUUUGCUCCCAUUCACAAAGUCAUCAAGAUCGGCUUCCCUUCCACGACGCCGGCCAAGGGCAAGGUGGCCGCCGUGAGGCGUGUGAUGGCCACCACCCCCGCCAGCCUGAAGCGCAGCCCUUCGGCCUCCUCGCUCAGCCCCGUCAGCUCCGGGGCCUCAUUCGAGAGCAGCAGACCCGGCCGCACGGGACUAUUCCCGGAAACCUCCUCCCGCUACGCGCACAAGAUCUCCAGCACCACUGCCCUCCAGGAGGCGCUGAAGGAGAAGCAGCAGCACAUUCAGCAGCUGUUGGCCGAGCGGGACCUAGAGCGGGCAGAGGUGGCCAAGGCCAUGAGCCACAUGGGGGAGAUAGAGCAGGAGCUGGCCCGCCGGAACGGGCACGACCAGCACGUCCUGGAGCUGGAGGCCAAGAACGACGAGCUGCGGGCCAUGCUGGAAGCGACCGACUGGGAGAAGGUGGAGCUGCUGAACCAGCUGGAGGAGGAGAAGAGGAAAGUGGAAGACCUCCAGUUCCGAGUCGAGGAGGAGUCCAUCACCAAAGGCGACCUGAUGGAAAUUUUGUUUUCCCACCAGAAGGAGGUGAAGUCCCUGCAGGCGGCCUCUGAGAAGCUCGCCAAGGAGAACGAGUGCCUGAGGACCAAACUGGACCAUGCCAACAAGGAGAAUGCGGACGUGAUCGCCCUGUGGAAGUCCAAGCUGGAGACGGCCAUCACCCCGCACCAACAGGCCAUGGGCGAGCCGAAGGCAUCCGUGAGCCAGGGCGUGGGCGCCGAGGCGGCCGAGCUGGCUGAGCUCAAGAUGCAGAUCGAGAGGCUACAGUUCGAGUACCAGCAGGAGGUGGAGAGCCUGAAGGCCCAGCAGGCGGCUGAGCGUGCAGCGCACGCCUCUGAGCUGCAGACGCUCAGGUCGCGGCUGUUCAGGACGGCCCAGGAGCAGAAGAACAGCCUGGAGGCCGCACGGGCCAAGCUCGAGCAGAUCGAGGACCAGCACCUGGUGGAGAUGGAGGACACCCUGAACAAGCUGCAGGAGGCGGAGACGAAGGUAAAGCACCUGGAUGGGUUGCAGGCCGUGUGUAGUCAGCAAGCCCAGGCCCUGGCCAAUGCCACGGCACAGCUGGAGGCCACCCAGCAGAAGCUCUUGCAGCUCGAUGGGCUCUGGAAGGCCAGUUCCAAAGGUCAAUUGGGAAUGGAGAAGCUCAGGCAGCAGCUCCAGGUGGCUGAGCGGCAGAUUCAGGAGUUAGAGAAUGCAAAGCGGGCUGAGGUGAAGGUGGAUGUGAGCCGCAGCCAGUGCCAGGCUCUACAGGCCGAGCAUGCCAAGGCCAGCGUGGAGAGCCAGGGGCAGCACGAGGAGGCGCCGCAGGCCCUGCAGCAGCUGCUGCUGCAGGCGAAGGAGAAGCUGCAGGCGGUGCAGGCGGAGAACGGGAGCCUGCUGCGGGAGGUGGCCGAGCUGAAGACGCAAGCCGACAAGGUGAACCUGAACGUGCUGUGCGAGUUCCUGGACAUGUGCGCGGGCAGCAAGCUGACAGCCGGGGCGGGUUAUGUAAAGCUGCCACCCGAGAAAUUCGUCCCGAAGAGGCAGGGUGAUGGGCAGGAACUGCCCACAGAGGCCAAGAAGCUGCCGCUGAACUCAGCUGAGGAGCUCUACGUCGAGAUCCGAGACCGCAACUUCAACGCCGUGGGUGCUGUGCUCAGCAAGAAGGCCAAGGUCAUCUUGGCCGCCUUUGAUGUAAUUGGGGCCUGGGUCCAGGCGGCACCCACUGGCGGUGGUGGCAUCUCCGCUAGCUCCUGCAUCUAG